AUGGAGCCUGCCGUCCAGACCGCCGGUCUUGAAUCCAUCUCAAUCAAUACGAUCCGGGCGUCCAAUGCGCAGUGCAGCUUUUUCGACGGCCUGGUCGUCGUCUUCAUCGGCGGGACGGACGGCAUCGGGCGGGAAACAGCGUUGGAGGUCUUCAAGCGGACGACGAGACCGAGAGCAUAUAUUGUAGGGAGGAAUGCCGCAAAGGGCGCUUCACUCGUCGCCGAGCUCCACGACAUCAACGGUGGUGGUCGAGCGACUUUCAUUCAAAAGGACAUAAGUCUAAUUUCCAGUGUUGAUGAGCUCUGCGCCGACCUCGCUCGGCGCGAGCCCAAGAUCAACUGCGUCAUUCUCACUCCUGGAUACAUGACGCUCAAAGGCAGGGACGAGACCAGCGAGGGCAUCGACAAGCGCAUGGCGGUCAACUACUACUCACGCAUGCGGAUAAUUCUAAAUUUAAUGCCAUGUCUAGACCGAGCGGUAGAGGCAGGGGAACUAUCCCGCGUCAUCACCGUGUUGGCUGCGGGAUCCGAAAACGACAUCAUCCACACGGACGACCUGGACCUGAAGCACCACUUCAACCUGAACGAGUGUCUCGCGCACUGCGUCAUCAUGUCCGACUUCAUGGUCGAAGAGCUCGCGCAGAAAUUCCCCAACACAUCCUUCAGCCACUCCUUCCCGGGCUCCGUCAAAUCCGGCAUCACGAACCAACUGACAUCCGCCGCACGACUCGCGGCCAAGGUGCUCUUCGCGACCGCAAACUCCUGGCUCUUGGACUCGCGGGAGUCCGGCGAGCGACAUUUCUUCCAGAUGACAAGCGAAUGCUACAAAUCCUGCAAUCGCCAGAUCGGGAUCGCCGUGCCCAGGGGAAUGACCUUCGCGCGCGGGAUGAACGGUGUGCUGGGCAGCGGCGGCUAUCUCCUCGAUUGGGACUGCAAACCUGCGGGCGAGCAUGAGACCAUUGCGAAAUAUCGCGCGCAGGGCCUCGGGCCGAAAACUUGGCAGCACACGGCGGAGAUUUUCGAACAGGCGCUGCAGAGAAGCCGGCGAGAUGCGAAACGUCCGGCGGGAGAGGAGGCGGAUGGCAAUGGUAUUCGAGCAGUGCCGAAUCCAGUCGGUUGGAGAUCAGCGGAACCGCAGACGGAAGAUCUACAACAAUCGAGGAAUCCGCCCGGCUGGCGUGCAGGGUCGUUUCGCUGA